GGGUGCCCCCAGGGAGCUGCCGGGGCUGGCGCAGGCGGGGGUGAUGCGGAUGCUGUUCCUGGAGCAGCCGGUGCCCCAGGCCGCCGUCGCCCUCUGGGUGAAGAAGGAGUACAGCAAGGAACAGGCGGAGAGCCAGGAGGUGCUGCUGGCGCUGCGGCUGUGGCACCCCCACACCCUGCCGGGGGGGCUGCCGGGGGUCACCCUGCACCCCAAUUUCCGUCAGAACCUGCGGGUCGCCCUGCUGGGGGGGGGCAAGGCUUGGUCGGACGACACGAGCCAGCUGGGGCCAGACAAGCACGCCCGCGACGUGCCGGCGCUGGACAAGUACGCCGAGGAACGCUGGGAGGUGAUUCUCCAUUUUAUGGUGGGGUCCCCCAGCGCGGCCGUGAGUCAGGAUCUGGCCCAGCUCCUCAUUCAAGCUGGGCUCAUGAAGAGCGAGGGGGGGGAAGCACCGUGCAUCACCUCGGCCGGAUUCCAGUUCCUCCUGCUCGACACCCCCGCCCAGCUCUGGUACUUCGUCCUCCAGUACCUGCGGGGGGCUGAGGCUCGGGGCAUGGAUCUGGUGGAGAUUCUCUCCUUCCUCUUCCAGCUCAGCUUCUCCACCCUCGGCAAGGAUUACUCGGUGGAGGGCAUGAGCGAGUCCCUGCUCACCUUCCUGCAGCACCUGCGCGAGUUCGGGCUCGUCUUCCAGAGAAAGCGCAAAUCCCGCCGCUUCUACCCCACCCGCCUGGCCAUCGCGCUGGCCUCGGGGACGUCGGGGACCCCCCCCGAGCCCGACGCUCACGGCUUCAUCCUCGUCGAGACCAACUACCGCAUCUACGCCUACACAGACUCGGAGCUGCAGAUCGCCCUCAUCGCCCUCUUCUCCGAGCUCCUCUAUCGCUUCCCCAACCUGGUGGUGGCCCAGGUGACAAGGGACAGCGUGCAGGCGGCCAUCGCCAACGGCAUCACCGCCGACCAGAUCAUCCACUUCCUCCGCACCCGGGCGCACCCCGUCAUGGCCAAGCAGAGCCCGGUGCUGCCCCCCACCAUCACCGACCAGAUCCGGCUGUGGGAGCUGGAGCGGGACCGGCUGCGCUUCUCCGAGGGGGUGCUGUACAACCAGUUCCUGUCGCAGGUGGAUUUCGAGGUGCUGCGGGACCACGCGCGGGCUUUGGGGGUGCUGGUGUUCGAGAACCCCGGGCGGCGGCUGAUGGUGGUGACCCCCGGCGGGCACCCCGACGUCAAACGCUUCUGGAAGAGGCAGAAACACAACGCCUAACGCCGGCGGCACUGGGAGGGACCCCAACCCGCACCCCCCUGCCCCCCAAAACCCCGGGCAAGUGCAUGAGGGCAGCCGGCUUUUGGGGUCCCCCGGUUCCAGGUUGACCCCCACCCCCUUUCUCCCCAUGUCUCGGUGACUUGAUCUCUGGGUGUUGGGACACCCCUGUCACUCGGGGCCCCGACACCCCAAACCUCAGCACCCCGGUUUCAGGCAUCCCCAUCCUUGGCACCCUAAUUUCUCAGGGCCCAGGCACCCCAAUCCUGGGCACCCCUGUCCCUCGGAGCCCAGGCACCCCAAUCCUGGGCACCCCAAACCCUCAGGACGCAGGCACCCCAGUCCUGGGCACCCCAAACCCUCAGGAGCCAGGCACCCCAAUCCUGGGCACCCCGAUCUCUUGGGGCCCAGACACCCCGAUCCCGGGCACCCCAAACCCUCAGGAGCCAGGCACCCCAAUCCUGGGCACCCCAAUCCCUUAGGACCUGAGCACCCUGACCCCUGGCACCCCAAUCUUUUGGGGUCCCACCACCCUGAUCCCGAGCACCCCAAUCCCUUGACACCAGGGCACCCCGAUCCCUUGGGCCCUGGCCCCCCGAUCCCUUGAUGCCAGGGCACCCCAAUCCCUUGACGCCAGGGCACCCCAAUCCCUUGGGCCCCGGCCCCCCGAUCCCUUGGGUCCCAGCACCCCAAUCCCUUGGGUCCCGGCCCCCCGAUCCCUUGAUGCCAGGGCACCCCAAUCCGUUGGGCCCCGGCACCCCAAUCCCUUGAUGCCAGGGCACCCCAAUCCCUUGACACCAGGGCACCCUGAUCCCUUGGGUCCCGGCCCCCCGAUCCCUUGAUGCCAGGGCACCCCAAUCCGUUGGGCCCCGGCACCCCGAUCCCUUGAUGCCAGGGCACCCCGAUCCCUUGGGUCCCAGCACCCCGAUCCCUUGGGCCCCAGCGCCCCGAUCCCUUGGGCCCUAGCACCCCAAUCCCUUGGGUCCCAGCACCCCAAUCCCUUGGGUCCCUGCACCCCGAUCCCUUGAUGCCAGGGCACCCCAAUCCCUUGGGUCCCGGCACCCCGAUCCCUUGGGUCCCGGCACCCCAAUCCCUUGGGUCCCAGCACCCUGAUCCCUUGGGUCCCGGCACCCCGAUCCCUUGGGUCCCAGCACCCCAAUCCCUUGGGUCCCGGCACCCCGAUCCCUUGAUGCCAGGGCACCCCAAUCCCUUGGGCCCCGGCACCCCGAUCCCUUGAUGCCAGGGCACCCCAAUCCCUUGGGUCCCGGCACCCCGAUCCCUUGGGUCCCGGCACCCCAAUCCCUUGGGUCCCAGCACCCUGAUCCCUUGGGUCCCGGCACCCCGAUCCCUUGGGUCCCAGCACCCCAAUCCCUUGGGUCCCGGCACCCCGAUCCCUUGAUGCCAGGGCACCCCAAUCCCUUGGGUCCCGGCACCCCGAUCCCUUGGGUCCCAGCACCCCAAUCCCUUGGGUCCCGGCACCCCGAUCCCUUGGGUCCCAGCACCCCGAUCCCUUGGGUCCCGGCACCCCGAUCCCUUGGGUCCCGGCACCCCAAUCCCUUGAUGCCAGGGCACCCCAAUCCCUUGGGCCCCGGCACCCCGAUCCCUUGGGUCCCGGCACCCCAAUCUCUUGGGUCCCAGCACCCUGAUCCCUUGGGUCCCAGCACCCCAAUCCCUUGGGUCCCAGCACCCCGAUCCCUUGGGUCCCAGCACCCCAAUCCCUUGGGUCCCAGCACCCCGAUCCCUUGAUGCCAGGGCACCCCAAUCCCUUGGGCCCCGGCACCCCGAUCCCUUGGGUCCCGGCACCCCAAUCUCUUGGGUCCCAGCACCCUGAUCCCUUGGGUCCCGGCACCCCAAUCUCUUGGGUCCCAGCACCCCGAUCCCUUGGGUCCCAGCACCCCAAUCCCUUGGGCCCCGGCACCCCGAUCCCUUGGGCCCCAGCACCCCGAUCCCUUGGGUCCCAGCACCCCGAUCCCUUGGGCCCCGGCACCCCGAUCCCUUGGGUCCCAGCACCCCAAUCCCUUGGGUCCCACCACCCUGAUCCCUUGGGUCCCGGCACCCCAAUCCCUUGGGUCCCGGCACCCCGAUCCCUUGGGCCCCGGCCCCCCGAUCCCUUGGGUCCCGGCACCCCAAUCCCUUGGGUCCCGGCACCCCGAUCCCUUGGGCCCCGGCACCCCGAUCCCUUGGGUCCCGGCACCCCGAUCCCUUGGGCCCCGGCCCCCCGAUCCCUUGGGUCCCGGCACCCCAAUCCCUUGGGUCCCAGCACCCCAAUCCCUUGGGUCCCAGCACCCCAAUCCCUUGGGUCCCGGCACCCCGAUCCUGAGUGAAGGAAAAGCAGGACUGAAGGUCCUCGGAGCCGCCGGGCCCCGCUGUGCUGGGGGAGGGGGGUGAAAAGUGGCUUUUGAGGUAAAAGGGGGGGAUUUUGAGGGAAAAAACCCCUAUUUUUCCUAAAAUCGAAAGGUUCUGAAGCGAAAAAUGGAGAAUUGGGGCAAAAAAAGAAAAAAGGUGCUUUUUAUGAGGAAAAAGGGGGUUGAGCAAAGGGUGUUUUGGGGGGGGUCUGAGAGGAAAAGUGAUUUUUUUUGAGGGAAAAAACGCGGUUUUUUGAGGAAAAAAGGAUUUUUUUGCUAGAAAGCAGGGAGGGAGCUGAGGGAAAAAAACAGGGAGAUUGAGUAAAAAGUGAGGUUUUUUGAGGAAAACCUGUGUUGCUCAACACCCCCCCACACACCCCCUCUUAUUUUGGGGGGGAAUAAAUGAGUUUUUUGCUUAUUUUCUCCACUUUUCCCCUCAAAUUGUUUUGAUGGAAAAAUAGGGGGUUCUGAGGAGAUUGUGGGGUGGGAAGUAGACGGUUCUGAGGAGGAAAAUGAUGAAAAAAAGGAGGAUUUGGUAGAAAAUGCGGGGUUCUGAGUUAAAAAGUGAGGGGAAGAUAUUUGACAAAAGAAAAAGAGGUUUGCAGUGGGUUUUAAGGGGAAAAAAGGGGUUUUGAGGGGAAAAAUCAGGCUUUCUGAGGAUUUGUUAAAAAUCAUGGUUUCCCGAGGAGGAAAAAAUGUUAGUUUUGGGAUUUUGGGGUUGGUUUUUUUCCCCCAAAGAGGAAAAUGUGGGGGAGGGGGAAAAGGGGGGGGUUUGUAAUAUAUAAAUAGUGUUUUCUGAGAAAUUUUUUUCUAAUAAAACCAGCUGUUUUUACUGUUACAA